GAUUGGCUGGAUCCAGGCGGAAGUCGGGAGGUUCGAUGGUCCGAAGACGCCAGCUUGUGACGGGGAGGGGGAGAAGGAAGGCUUCCGUAAAGGGUGCCUUUCGGUCCUUUCGCUCCUGGGGACCCUCGGAAAAAGCCCACCAUAUCGACCCCACGGCUAGCCCCUCCCCCAGGCUCUCUCCGCUCGAUUUCGCACCGUUAUGUGGGAAGCGAAUCCGUGAAAUGGCCAAACGGGAUGAACAGUGCUGGAAGAAGAAAGCAGAAGUGUGCAAUAGCUAACGGGGCAGUGGAGUUCACAGUUUAGGUCAUUGUCUUUAUUAUCUGGCCAAGACACAUAAGAAGAUGUUUCACAAGACAGAGGAGUUCUUUCCCAAGAAGACAGACAGCGAUGUGGACGACAUGGACACAUCGGACACACAGUGGGGCUGGUUCUACCUGGCGGAAUGUGGGAAGUGGCACAUGUUUCAGCCGGAUACCAACAUUCAAUGUUCAGUUAGCAGUGAAGAUAUCGAAAAAAGCUUCAAAACAAACCCUUGUGGCUCCAUUUCCUUUACUACUUCCAAAUUCAGCUACAAGAUAGACUUUGCAGAAAUGAAGCAGAUGAAUCUUGUCACUGGGAAACAGCGCCUAAUAAAGAGGGCUCCUUUCUCCAUCAGUGCCUUCAGAAACCUCAGCUGUGGAGGAAAGGCUAAACCCCGACAUGAUUCUAACCUGCUUCUGACGCUCUGCUCUGUCUUUUGCUGUUUGAAGUUACAUCUGUGAGAAUGAGGCCAUCCCCAUGCCAACCCACUGGGAGAACGUGAACCCUGACGUUCCCUACCAGCUGGUUUCCCUGCAGAACCAGACGCACGAGUAUAAUGAAGUGGCCAGUCUUUUUGGGAAAACAAUGGAUCGGAACCGAAUUAAAAGGAUUCAAAGGAUCCAAAACUUAGACUUAUGGGAGUUCUUUUGCAGGAAAAAGGCUCAGCUCAAGAAAAAGAGAGGUGUCCCCCAGAUCAAUGAGCAGAUGCUAUUUCAUGGCACCAGCAGUGAAUUUGUGGAAGCAAUUUGCAUUCACAACUUUGACUGGAGAAUCAAUGGUGUGCACGGGGCUGUCUUUGGAAAAGGAACCUAUUUCGCUAGAGAUGCUGCGUACUCCAGUCGUUUCUGCAAAGAUGACAUCAAGCACGGGAACACAUUCCAGAUUCAUGGGGUCAGCUUGCAGCAGCGACAUCUGUUCAGAACCUAUAAAUCCAUGUUUCUUGCUCGAGUGCUAAUUGGUGAUUACAUAAAUGGAGACUCGAAAUACAUGAGACCUCCUUCCAAAGACGGGAGCUAUGUGAAUUUGUAUGACAGCUGUGUGGAUGACACCUGGAACCCAAAGAUCUUUGUGGUUUUUGAUGCCAACCAGAUCUACCCUGAGUACCUGAUAGACUUCCACUGACCCUGCCUCCCAGGCUCAGUGGUCAGAGCUUUGCUCUCUCAUUACAGGAGGAUUUGAUCCUCUGUCUCCUAGCCACUAAUAUAAAUAUUGGAUUCUUUUGAAACAGAUACAGAAAAGAAAGCGGCCUCAGUAUAUAAAGAAGUACUGGCUGUCAGGUUGGUUAUAUGUUGUUCUGUUUCUGUCUGUUCCGGUUUUGUUAAAGACCGAUGCUGUUGCCAUCUUAACAUACAGGAGAAAGAGCUACUUCUCAAAACAGAAUAGGUUGAGUCUCUCAUUACCAUGAUCAGACAGUCUUCAAAGUGCACACGCAUGUGACCAGGUCAAAUGAUUUUAGUUUUUGUACCCUAUUAGGAGAACUGGACUUUUAUAAAUUGAAUUUUGGCAUUAUUAUCUAUCAAUGAACAUGUGACUUUGUUGGUCUUCUGAAGGGGGAAUUAAAAAUCCCGAAACAGCCCCUGGUGCUCAGCGAAGUAAGAAACAAGGACAUUGUCUGCUGUGCUGGUAGGUAAGCCAGCAGAAGAGAGACAGGGCAGAGCCUGCUUCUCACUGCUAGAGGAAAGUGGUCUGUAGCCCCAGAGCAGUGCACACUAUUCUCACCCAUCUCCCACAGUUGAGCUGAGCACUGCUGCUAAGGGUCACUAGCUCACAGUUCAGCUUCGAGCAGUCUGUCGUCCCUGCCCCAACUUAUUUAUUUCCUUUGUUUUCCAAGCCCUGCAGAGGCUUUAUUGGUCCUCCCACAACCCCUGAGACACACAUAGCUGUUCCAUGGUGAUUCCUAAGAACCACACGUGUUAAUAGUUGGUGUCAUUCUCUUUUGAAUGAUUGUGAAGAACAUGAGAUGCUGGGAAGAAGUCUGAUUUCUUCUUUAGAGUAGUGAUUGACAACUUCCAACCCCUGAGCAGCUAUGUGCAACUGAGAGUUGUGCUCGUGGCUUUGUGUACCUGUCUGUUUGCCUGCUGUUCUGUCCCAAAGAGGAAGUGAUCUGUACCAGCUAACUGCCCAGCGGUUUUCUAGCAGAGAUGAGAUAGCACUCAGGCAUGAUGCUAAGUGUUCAAGUGUCAGACAGGGAGCUGCCUGUAUGAUUGUCUCCCCAGCGCUGCUUUUUCCCUGAUUCCUUGUGGGGAAGGAAGGUCAUUCCUCCAGUCAUAUCACCCAGAACCUUUUCCUAGCUCUCAAUACUGAAUCUUGUCUCUGCUAUCCCCAUCCAGCUUUGGGUUCGAGGACUUGAGCACAGGUUAGCUUCUGGUGCCUGUAUUGUUCUCUUCAGUCACUCAAAUUGGGAAGCAUCUAGAAAGAAUAUAUGUGUGAAACAGGAUUAUGGAUAGUGGCUUUUGUAAGGAUAGCCAUUCAUUCAGCUUUGUAAACCAUCAGAUUCUCCUUCUGGCCCAGAAUGUGUGUUAUCGCACAGUGGGAAGUACAAGAGUGGCUCUCGGGAAAUUAUGCACAGUGCUUUGGCACACGGUGGCAGGAAUGACUCCCUGGCUCAAAUGUGGAGGUCCACCAUUGGUUUAAGAAAGGCUAGAAAGGACGCAUUUCAAAGCCACCAGUGGUCCCUGCAGCAGUGCCUGAAGGCAGAGUGGCUAGGUUGCCUGGCCGCUUUCAAGAAUCAGUGUUAGAGGCGUUGGGAGUUCAGAGUGAACAGUCUCUCUUCUAGUUCUUUUCUCCUGGUUUUGUUUUUGUUUGUUUGUUUGUUUGUAUGUGUGUGUGCGUGUUUGUUUGUUUUUCCAGACAGGGUUUCUCUGUGUAGCCCUGGCUGUCUUGGAACUCUCUCUGUAGACCGAACUGGCAUGCAAUGUGUUAAAGUCCCUCUUACAUGGCUGUCUGCCCGCCUUCCUCUCCCCCCCACCCCCCAGCUCCAUGCACACUUCUCUCAAUACUUGAAUGGAAUGAUUGUUGUAGUUGAGGUUGUUUCCUUCUAGACCUGUGCAUCCGUGUCAAGGUGACUGAGAACGCAGGCAGUCUGUGCAAUCACUCUCCCGUGUUGGCAUGCAUGAGGGAGGUUGGGGGGGGGGGUGUCAGAGAGGCCACCGUAAAGAAGCAUUGCACCGCUGUUGUUGGGACAGACUGCCAACCCCCUUCAUAAGGAAGACGUGAUCUCGGUACGUGUUUUAAAAUAUAAUAACGUAGAAGUCACUCGUGUUAACGUUGUACUGUUUUGUCUGUUCCAUGUAUAGAAGAACAUCACUCCCUCUGCUCAUCCCACGGAGUGGGAGGGAGAGCAAAGGGAGCUCGUGCAGAGUGGCGAGCUGUGCCGCAGGCUGGCUGAAUAAACUCCAUUGAGUACAAACUUGUCCUUUCUCUGCGGGGAGUCUAGCCUUUGGGUAAAAAGAAAUGUGUUUAUGGGAAAAUGUUUUCCUGAAUCUUUUAUCUCCCACCAGGAAUGUUUGAGAUUAGUGGAUUAUUUCAUUUCUAGACUGGUGGUGGAGGUGGUGAUGGAGAAUUCUGAUAUUCAAUGUCUGAGUGUAUUGUUUCUACAAUUGUUGAUUAAAGUUUUCUGUAUCAGGUC